AUGGAAGCGAGAUUGAUUCAAGUGUCCAUCUUUAGGUCUGAAGGAGUUGUCAAUUCCGAAGAGGAUGGCUUGUGUUCCAUCAACUUCCUGUGCUGCAACGAGCUCAUGGAUGAAUCCAUGACCCUGUCAGAGGUAGGAAUCAGAGAUGGUGACCAAGUGCAACUAGUUCGCUCCCCACUGCGAUGCUUGACAGCGUCACUAGAUGGAACAGUCCGGCUUUGGCAUCUCAAUACGAAGGCGUGGAGCUUUUCAAGAGCAUCGGCACAUGCAUGCUAUAACAAGAAGGACUUCUGA